AUGCGCAGUUUCGCAGGUCUUGCGUUGCUUCCUUUGGCAGCCGCCAUUCCCUAUCAUACCCACAGAACCGAGCCGACCUAUGACUACAUCGUUAUCGGAGGUGGUACAAGUGGUUUGGUAGUCGCUAACCGUCUUUCAGAGGACAACAAAACCACGGUCCUCAUCAUCGAGGCUGGGGGCUCAGUGUACAAUAACCCCAACGUUACUGACACGGCUGGAUAUGGGAAUGCAUUUGGUACCGAUAUUGACUGGGCCUACCGGACUGUGGACCAGGAAUAUGCUGGGAACCACCCACAGACCCUUCGAGCCGGAAAAGCGCUUGGGGGAACAUCUACCAUCAAUGGCAUGGCAUAUCUUCGGGCACAGGCUGCCCAAAUCGAUGCUUGGGAGACGGUUGGUAAUGAGGGCUGGAAUUGGAAGAACCUGUUCCAUUAUUACCGCAAGGGAGAGCAGUUCCAAGGCGACAACUUUCCAUGGCUUGAAGGUUCCGGCGUUGCGUAUGAUCCUGCCUUCCACGGAUUUGACGGUCCUCUGAAGGUUGGCUGGUCCGAAUCACAGUUGAACGAUGGUCUUGCGCAGACUUUGAACACGACGUAUCAGAACAUGCCCGUUCCUGUGCCGUACAAUAUUGAUCCGAACGGUGGCCAAAUGGUCGGUUUCUCUCUUUAUCCCAAGACGGUUGAUUCGAAGAUGAACAUCCGUGAAGACGCGGCUCGCGCCUACUACUACCCUUAUAAGACUCGAGCCAACCUUCACGUCUGGCUCAACACCAAUGCCAACAAGAUCACUUGGAAGACGGGCGACGAGGCCAUUGCUGAUGGUGUCGAGGUUACCCUGGCGAAUGGCACUACCACGGUUGUCAAGGCUUCCCGGGAGGUUAUUCUCGCUGCAGGUGCCUUGAAGUCCCCUGCUUUGCUUGAGCUAUCCGGCGUCGGAAACUCAGACGUUCUCUCCAAGUAUGGCAUCGACACCAAAGUGAACCUCCCGACAGUUGGCGAGAACCUCCAAGAUCAAAUGAACAACGGCCUGGCAUUCGACGCUAAAUCAAGUUACUCUGGGGUUGCAGACUAUGUUGCAUACCCCUUCGUGAGCCAGCUCUUCCCCAAUGCUACGGCUGUCGGUGCUCAGCUUCUCAAGGAGCUCCCAGCCUACGCUGCUCAGGUGGUGUCCGCCAACGGAAACGUGACAAAGGUUGCCGACAUUGAGCGCUUCUUCAAGAUCCAGUGGGACUUGAUCUUCAAAUCGCGCAUUCCUAUCGCCGAGAUCCUGCUCGAGCCUUUUGGAGCCACUCUCGACACCGAGUACUGGGGUUCUGUCCCCUUCUCCCGUGGAAAUGUCCACAUCUCAUCCGCUGACCCGACCGACCCACCCGUCAUCGACCCCAAGUACUUCAUGCUCGAUUUCGAUCUACACGCUCAGGUCCAGGCUGCUCGUUUCAUUCGUCAACUAUUCAAGACCGAGCCGUUCGCUGCUUUGGCUGGUGCUGAGACUAAGCCUGGUAUUUCUACUGUUCCGGCAAUGGCUGAUGACCAGGGAUGGUCAUCUUUCAUUAAGAACAACUACCGAUCGAACUUCCAUCCCAUCAGCACGGCCGCUAUGAUGCCAAAGGACAUUGGUGGUGUCGUUGACACCUCGCUGAAGGUCUACGGCACCUCGAAUAUCCGCGUUGUGGAUGCCUCUGUGAUUCCCUUCCAAGUUUGCGGGCAUCUGCAGAGCACAGUAUACGCUAUCGCUGAGCGAGCGGCCGAUAUUAUCAAGGGCAAGAUCUAG